GUCCCAUUCUAUAUUUUCCCUCUUACAUUACAGUACACAGAGACAGACCAAGACACCCAGAACUAAACCCACUUGCUGGUUCCUCCAUCCCCAUCGCUAGUAAAGUACUUUUCUUGUAUCUACCGUCUGCGCUCUGCAAACUUGUAUCAAUAGUUGAAAAGAAAAAAAGAAAAAAAAAAAAAAAUCUCAAGAGGAUUCGCAAUUAAAUUAAAAAAAGAUAAAUGCCCAUCUAACUUUAACCAAACCCUCGCUCAUUUUUUCUCUUCUCUUUGCUACUUACUUCCCUGUCGACCCCCUAGGGUUGCCUUAUAACCAAAAGCACCAUUUUAAGAAAACGAUACAUGAACCUUAUGGUGAAAGAUAAUUGAACUUGAUAUAAUCUCUGGGUUUGUUUUUUUAGAUCCCACUUUUCUAAUCUUUUUGGGUUAUUUUUUGAGAGAUAUAAUUGAGAAAAACCCUAGGGGGUUUUAAGUCAGAGUCUAAAAUGUCAGCAGGAGUAUGUGGGAAGAGAGUUGGGUUCGAGGAAAUCUUUGGAUCUUCCUCCGCAGCUAAGAGAUCAAGGUGUUCUGGUUUUGGAUCACCUACCCGAUCCACUGAUUUCGGGUCUGGAUCCGAUGAUACCCUUUUCACCUUGCUCCAAAUGUUCCCUUCUUUGGAUCCUGAGUUGGUGAGAACUGCUCAUAGGAACCACAACAACAAGGUUGACGAUGCUGUCAAGACUUUAAUGAAAAUUUCAUUUGGUGAUGCUGUGGAAAGAAAUAAAUUGCAGAGCUUUGAGUCUGCUACAAUUGGAAACUGUGAUGCUGUCCCUCCAAUGAGCAUGACUGCAUGUCUUCAAAUGCCAGAAGAAGAGGUUGAAAAGAAAGCGAGUGAUUAUGAAAAUGCAGUAGAUGGCUCCAAGUGGGUGGAUUUAUUUGUGCAGGAGAUGAUGAAUGCAGCAGAUCUUGAUGAUGCCAGGCGGCGCUCUGCCCAAAUUUUAGAAGCUUUCGAAAGAAGUAUAACUGCUCAGGCCAAUAGAUUAGAACAGCUGGAGCUUACUUCACUAAAGGAGCAUCUGCAGAGUCUGUUGAAUGACAACCAAAUCCUGAAGAGAGCUGUUGCCAUUCAGCACGAACGCAAUUUGGAGCAAGAGGAGAAGACAAAGGAAGUGCAAAACUUAAAGCUUCUGUUAAACCAGUACCAAGAGCAAAUCCGAAGUUUAGAGCUGAACAACUAUGCAUUGAAACUCCAUCUCCAAAGGGCACAGCAAAAUAGCAAUAUUCCAGGCCACUUUAAUCCAGAUAUAUGUUAAGGUUACUUGAGGUGUCAUCACAUAAUUUAAUGUUUCUUAAUAUAUGAUUCUUCUUUCUUUCUUUUUUAUUCCCUCUUUUAACAUAUUUUAUUUUUUCCCCUAAUUAGUUAAGAGGUAAUUAUGAUAAGGAUUUACACACGGUUGUACUAAAGUUGGAAGCUAUGAGUACUAAUUGAGGCCAAAUAAACAUUGGCUGUUUGUGUGAAA